AGGUUUAUGAAAGCAUACAUUAAACGAAAGGAAGAAGUUGAGCAAGAAAACAGAAGAAAAAAGAACCUGAAGAAAUUGUACACCAUUUCACAAGAAAAAAUCAAAUUUCUCGUUUCGGGCAGAGUCGUGUUCGGUGACGUGUGCAAGCUGAAAGGGUUUUACUAUGGGAGUCUGAAGAAGAGGGUUUUGAUUGUUUGCUGCAAACAUAACAGUUGAGCAGUUAAGCAGUUGCAAACCACACAAGACAUAUGGAGAUUGACCAACUGGUAACAUCAUCACAGGCACCUGAAGAGGUCGAGGCCGCAGACUCCAAACCCCCUCACGAACAAUAUGUCGCUUACGAGAGUGCUGUGAUUGAACAGGAACAACAGCAGGAACAGCAACAAAAAAAAGAGAAUAUGGAGCCAAUUCUCACGUCAUUGCAUCUCACUGGUGUUGACGACCUAUCAACCCAACAAAUAAAGAAGUAUUUGGAUUACCACAUAAAACCCAACUACAGCUUUAAAACUCGUAAACAAUUUGCGUACUUGGAAUAUAGGUUGGAUUGGAUUAAUGAUUCGGAAAUCAACAUAGUGUUUGAUUACAAUUUAAGCAAUGGCAAUGGGAAAAGAGCAAAGAAAAACCAACCCAACGAUGGUGUGGAUUUGUUGGAUGAAAUUAAAGGGUUUGCAAAAAAGGAAGUUCCACAGGAGUCUGUUGAGAGAGACACUGACGACGAAAUGAAGGAAAAUUUGAAAGAAGAAUCAGUAACCGAGACUGGAAGUGACACAUUACAGGGUUUGGAAAAUGAGUCGAUUAGAGGUGCAGCGGAGGCUUUGUUGUUAUUGACAGACUUCGAAGAUAUCCGAAAAGAGCAUAAUGAGUUUGCCGCACUGAGUAUCGAAGACCAGUUCAAGGCUGUUGACCAAGCUCCCAAGCUACAAGAUAGAAAAUGUUGGGACUUGGUUCUAGCCAAAAAUGGGGCAGUAAUCAAAACCACAGAUGCUAAGCGGUUUUACAACCUGUUUGAGCAUGUGGUGCAGGCAAAAGACUCAGAAGAUCAACUGCCAAAUGAAGAAGCCAUCGCAGGGCCAACUGAGGUAGAAGAAGCCGAGGUGUUCUCUGAAGACACUAAAAUAAUAAAGCUGGAAGUCAGAUACAGUACCGAAUUGGACAAGAAAGUAGAAAACGCUAGGGUUUUUUCCAGGUACUACUUGCUACACGGCGAGCCAGACAAAAUAGAACGUUUACCUUCUGCGAGAGAGCGCUUGACUGGAGCAUAUCCCAAAGCCGCAGGCUACGAUCGUGACUUGAUCACCGCCGCAGAGCCCGAGACACAAGGUCUUUUUGGAUACGAUGGCGACCGUGAAGAACGAGAAGUCAUCGAACCUAGAUACCGUGAGAGGGAAUACCGCGGAAAAGGUAUUAAUGGCAGGUGGAGCAGUGACCGGUUUCAAGCUCCAGGUGGUCAUGACAGCCGCCAUAACGGCUCUCGUAUCAGCAAGCGUGGGCCACGUAGUGACCGCAGACGUGCGGGCCGCGGUAAUGGCAACGGUCAUGGCAGAGACCAGCUGGAAGGCGAUCUAUUUCCGGACUUUGCGCAAAGACGCCAACAGUAGUGCCCUAAUAGUCGAUCGUUUACUGGCUGACUGCUUGUCCAUACGUUGAUAGCGUGUAUGUUUCUCCUUUUGUAAGCCAAGAACCUUGUAAUAUUGUACACUGAUCGCAACAUGUAUAUGAAAAGGGCUAUCGUGAAAAAUUUGUCUGAC